GCCAUCUUGAAAUAACAGCAUCACCUUUAUCAAGUGACCAAAAUACCUAUGGACCCCAAGUAUAGUGCCCAAGACAUCCUUAUCUGUGACCUGUGUCAAAGAGCUGCAUUACAGAGUCAUUGUGAACUUUGUCAUGUAAAUCUUUGCAUUAACUGUGUUGGAAAACAUCUUUCUGACUCAUCAAAAAGACACAAUGUUGUACCAUACAAACAAAGAACUUCUGUCCCUAACUACCCAAAGUGUCCAAAUCAUACCCAGAAACAUUGUGAACUUUACUGUGAGAAAUGUGACCUUCAUGUGUGUUCGACCUGUCUUUCUUCAGGUAAUCAUAAAGGACAUGAUUUAUCAGAUGCUCUGCAAAGACUAAGGAUCAAACUUAAAGAUUUACAAAAAGACUUGAAAGAACUAGAGAAAAAAAUCUACCCAACAUAUGAAGAAAUUGCAUCAGGUUUAAACUAUGAAAAAGAAAACAUAGACAAACAUUACGAGAAAUUGACAACAGCUGUCACCAAACAAGGAGAAGAAUUGCACAGAGAAAUUAACAUCAUUGAAAACAAUCUAAAAUCUGAAAUUGAAGAGAUGAAAACUAAACAUCUGGCUGCUCUUCAUGAACAGGAAAAACAAAUGAAUAUGAUAACGUCUGAUGUAAAACAGAGCAUUCUUGAUCUGAAGAAAAUAUUGGAUUCCAAUGACAUUUCCAUAACAUCUGAAUACACAUCAAGAAAUGCUGAAUUCAGAUGUCUGCCUCCUAAAAUGAAAGUUUCAAUAUCAAGUUUCUCUCCUCAUCAGAUCAAUACAGAACAACUCCAUCAAAUGUUUGGUUCUCUGUCAGCAUUAUCCAUUACAACAGAAAAACAUGGCUACACAAUGGAGACACCAGAAGCUGUAUCAUGUUCUCCAGUCAAAUUACUUCUUGAUGAACCGGAAAUCAUUACCACCAUAGACAUUGAAUAUGAUUAUCUUUACAGUGUUACCUGUCUCAGUGAGGAAGAAAUGUGGACAUGUGGGAAGGACAGAAUCAUGAAACUCUACAAUCUCCAGGGUAAACUUCUGAAGUCAAUCCAAACCAAGUCUGGGAACCUGCCACGUGAUAUAGCAGUGUCAAAGAAUGGAGAUUUAGUUUAUACUGACCCUGAUGCAAAAACUGUAAACAAAGUGAAAAAUAAAAAAAUAAAGGAAGUGAUCAGAGUACAGGGAUGGAUACCUUACUAUGUCUGUAGCACCUCCUCUGGAGACCUCCUGGUUACCAUGAAUAGUGAUGAUGGAGAACAAUCAAAAGUUGUUCGAUACACUGGGUCCACAGAGAAACAAACCAUUCAGUUUGAUAAUAAAGGUGAACCUAUGUAUGCAUCUGGUUAUUAUAAAUACGUAUGUGAAAACAGGAACCUGGAUAUCUGUGUGGCUGACUGGGGAGCCUAUGCAGUGGUGGUUGUUAAUCGGUCAGGAAAAUUCCGAUUUAAAUACACUGGGCGUCCUUCCUCUACAGCGAAAGAAUCAUUUUAUCCAUACAGCAUCACCACAGACAGCCAGAGUCAGAUCCUGACAGCAGACUGUGCGGACCAUUGUGUCCACAUCCUAGAUCAGGAUGGAGAGUUCCUGCGUUACAUUGAUAACUGUUAUCUACAGUAUCCAUGGGAUUUAUGUGUAGACACCAGAGACAACCUCUUUGUUGCUGAAUGUUACCGUCAUAAAUUGAAAAAAAUCAAAUACAUGAAGGAUACACAAUAAUCAUGCAACGAAAUCGU